UUGUCAAGAGCAAAGCGUAGCUCCAUGUAGUCCAACGAAAGAGCUAUCCCGAACGAAAUUUCUGCUACAUAUUACGUAGGGAGUUUUUUCCUUACACCAGAAUGGCAGCGCCUCUGCCGGUGUAUUACGAAACCACUAACAACUAGUAGUAAGCAGCGAGGCUGUCGGAAGAGUGUCGUAAAUUUUCGUUAGAUUCAUUAUUUUCAGAAAGAAAUUCGUGUUAGAACUCAAUCGUGGAUGUCAGUGAUGAAAUUCCAAUUAAAUGUGACCAGAAGCACAGCGUUACCCAAAACAUACAAAUAGGGAAGAGGUCAUUCACUCAGAAGCAUAUGAAUAUCCAUGCAAAAAAUCGACGUGACAAUUGAUGACAGCCCGGGUUGUUAUGAGAAUGAUGUUGUGAGAAGUGACAGAUUCAUGCCAGAUGAAAAAAUACAAUUUAUACUCGUGCUUAAUCAAACCAGCGAAAAUGAUAAGACUAAACUUCUUCUUACGAGUGCUUGUAGCAUGUUUUCUCCUUGGAACGUUAAUUGACCUCUGUGAGGCAAACCCCGAUGCAAAACGGCUGUACGAUGAUCUACUCAGCAACUACAAUCGGCUGAUACGACCCGUCAGCAACAACACAGAUACUGUGCUAGUGAAAUUAGGAUUACGGCUAUCUCAGCUGAUAGACUUGAAUCUUAAAGAUCAGAUAUUAACGACGAAUAUUUGGCUAGAACAUGAGUGGCAGGAUCAUAAAUUUAAAUGGGAUCCAGCAGAGUACGGCGGUGUGACGGAGCUGUACGUGCCAUCGGAACACAUCUGGCUGCCGGAUAUCGUCCUUUACAACAACGCUGAUGGAGAAUACGUUGUGACAACCUUGACCAAGGCAAUACUGCACUACACCGGAAAAGUGAUCUGGACCCCGCCAGCCAUUUUUAAGUCAUCGUGUGAAAUCGAUGUCAGAUAUUUCCCAUUUGACCAGCAGACAUGCUUCAUGAAGUUCGGUUCCUGGACGUACGACGGAAAUCAGAUCGAUCUGAAGCAUAAAAAUCAACUCAACAACUCCGACAAUAUGGUAAAGAUUGGAAUCGACUUACGUGAGUACUACCCAAGCGUGGAGUGGGACAUCCUAGGGGUACCAGCGGAACGUCACGAGAAGUACUACCCUUGCUGUGCCGAGCCAUAUCCCGAUAUUUUCUUCAACAUCACAUUAAGACGAAAAACAUUAUUCUACACAGUCAAUUUGAUAAUACCGUGUGUCGGCAUCUCGUACCUCUCGGUGUUGGUAUUCUAUUUGCCGGCUGAUUCGGGCGAAAAAAUUGCAUUGUGCAUCAGCAUUCUCCUGUCGCAGACCAUGUUCUUCCUUCUGAUAUCGGAAAUCAUACCUUCUACCUCUCUGGCACUGCCCUUGCUUGGCAAGUACCUCCUGUUCACUAUGAUACUCGUAGGAUUCAGUGUCGUGAUCACCAUUAUUAUACUGAACAUUCACUAUCGCAAGCCAAGCACACAUAAGAUGGCACCGUGGGUCAGGAAGUUCUUUAUACUCCGGCUGCCAAAAUUGCUCCUGAUGCGGGUGCCGAACGAUUUGCUUAAGGAGUUGGCAGCAAAUAAAAUAAACUAUGGAAUCAAAAUCAGCAAAAGUAAAUUCGGUGCAGCGCUGGCUGCCCAUUCACAAAUGCAGCAAAACUCAGGUGGUUCCAGCCCAGAUUCAAUCAGGCACAUGCAAGGCCGGCCGGGAGGGUGCAAUGGCCUACACUCGACGACAGCCACGAAUAGAUUCAGCGGACUGGUUGGAGCACUAGGAGGGGGACUCAGUAGUUUGGGAGGCUAUAACGGGCUUCCGUCGGUAAUGUCUGGCUUGGACGAAUCACUGAGCGAUGUGGCGCCGAGGAAGAAAUACCCGUUUGAACUGGAGAAGGCCAUUCAUAACGUAAUGUUUAUACAGCAUCACAUGCAACGCCAGGAUGAGUUUAAUGCGGAGGAUCAAGAUUGGGGAUUUGUGGCGAUGGUAUUGGAUCGUUUAUUUUUAUGGUUAUUUACAAUAGCGUCAUUAUUCGGCACAUUUGCAAUCCUCUGUGAAGCACCCUCGCUGUACGACGAUACCAAACCCAUAGACAUCGAGUACUCUAUUAUUGCUCAGAAACUGUUCAACCUCACCGUUAAGGAUCCACGACAUGCAUAAGGAGGUGGAUUUUCUCUCCUCACAAAGUUCUUUGAACGUUAAAUUUAAAGUCAGCGAUAAAGCAUGUUGUUGUAUGAAUAGGCGUCGGAAAUAGAGGCACCCCGUAACAGAGUUAUUGUACGUAAUCGUAACCGAAUAGAUUCGAGGAAGCAAUUUUUCAUAAUGUUACUACUCAAUCACCAGAAGAACACAUCAUAUUAAAGCAUGGUUGGUAUCAAGAACUUGAAACUAUAAGGUAAUCUUAACUCAUACACAGUGAAAGUGACUAUCAAUUAAUCAGUGAACAAGUGAAGUUUUUACAAAUUUGAAAUAAAUUCAAUUGUUUUAGCUAGAA